AUGGGAUGUUUGGCGGCGGUGAUGGUGUUGUUGGCGGCGGCAAUGCUACCAUGCACCGGAGGUGCACUUAUCAAGGUCGGCGGGAAGCCUGGCUGGGCACUGAAUGUUAACUACACUGACUGGGCUACUCAUCGCCAUUUCUAUGUUGGAGAUUGGCUAUAUUUUGUGUUCGACAAGCGGUACUACACGGUGCUGGAGGUGAACGAAACGAAUUACGAGCAAUGCAGAGAUUCGGAGUUCAUAAAGAAUAUAACUCGAGGCGGGAGAGAUGUGUUUAACUUAACGGAAUCGAGGGAUUAUUAUUUCUUGAGUAGCGGCGGUUAUUGUUUCCAUGGAAUGAAGUUAGCUAUUCAUGUUAAUAACCAACUCCCUCCAAUUUAUCCCCCUCCUUCCAAGAACAACGUUAUAAAUGACGCCUCACCACAAUCCAACGGUGGUGGUCGAUUCAUCAUCUUCUCGCUCUCGUUUCUGACUUCCAUUGUUUUGAAAAUGUUGGUUAAUGAUGCAUUGAAGUAA